CGUUACGCAGUUCUUUGGAUAUUUCUCACCAUUCUUUCUUUUUCUCGGUGACUUCUAAUCCUCCCCUGCUCCUCCAACAAUGGCGGACUAUGGCGUAGCAAUCUCUCUUUCUCAAGCUCAUUCCUCCGACGACGACUCGUCCGAGCACAGUCCUCGAAGUGUCCCUAGACUCUCCGCCUCUGGCGGUGGCGGUUCCAAGUCUAAAACUCCUUCCAACAAGAUUGUUACCCUUGAUUAUCACCACCGAACUCCGUCGUCGUCCGACAACACUGGUAGGAAGCCUAGAGGGAGACCUCCAGGGUCCAAAAACAAGCCCAAGCCACCCAUUGUUAUAACCAGAGAUAGUAACUCGACUAUGAAACCAGUGAUUCUCGAGAUCUCCGCUGGUUCUGAUAUUAUUGAUGCCAUUAUCAGCUUUGCUCGUACACACAGUGUUGGUGUUAGUAUUAUCAGUGCUACUGGGUCUGUUUCAAACGUCACGCUCUGCCAUCCUGUAUCUCACGCGCCAGCACUAUCUCUUCACGGACCCUUUUCUCUACUCUCUUUGUCUGGCUCAUUCAUUGCCUCUAGUCCUUUAUCUUCUAACAAAACAAGCCAAUCAUCUUCAUCGUCAACGUCACCAUCUCCUUCCUUGUCUUCUUCUGGUUCGUUCGGUGUAACUCUUGCAGGGGCACAAGGGCAAGUUUUCGGAGGGAAAGUAGGAGGGAAAGUAAUGGCCGCAACGCUGGUGAUUGUGGCGGCCGCUACAUUUGUAAACCCUGAGUUCCACAUGCUGCCGGGUGAAGGUGAUAAUAAGGACCACAAUCAGGAAUCCAAGCCUUCUACUCAUGGUUGCGUUGCUGGUGGUGCAACCGAGUCUUGCUCUUCUACAGGCUUGUCCAUGCCUGUUUAUGGAGUAGCAAGUCCCACUCCCCUCAAUUGUCAAAUUCCUCCUGAUGUUAUGCCUUGGGGUCCGUCCUCACGUCCUUAUUAAGUAGAACAUGAACAAGGGCAUUUGAGAAUUCCAACAUACAUUCAUUAACUAGGUAUCCUUUGGUUUUACACCUUGAGCUUAAGCUCAUUGGAACUGUUUCCGAUGUUUGAGACAUUUUCACAUUUUUCUUUCCUUGGCAUACAGUAUUUUUUGUAGUUGAAGUUGGUUGUACCUCUCAUUGUAUGCAUGUUCUACGUGUUAAUGUAGUUUAGUAGUUUGUUAGAUUAGUUUUAAGUAUACUUGUAUCAGUUCAUUGUUGGUAACCGAGCUGGUUGUUUAGGAUGAGUUGUUAGUAACAACCUCAUCCUUGUGCUUAUAAUGAAACGUAUGAACCAAUGUAUUAGUUUCCCA